CCUGCUUUACUAGGUUGGGUCCAGUGCCGAAUAGCUCGACACAAUCGACACGGUUUCCCAACAAUUCGGACUCGAAUGACAAAAUCUAAAAUCAACUAAAACAAAAAAGCUGAUAGCUUCUCCAAAAUCGGCACUAGGACGCCGACAAGGACGCCGCAUCGGAAGGACACACGAAUCUACCAGAAACCGCAUCGAUACCGUAAGAGAAACCGUUUUAUCCAAAUUAUCCAAAGAGAUGAGUGUGGAACCAGGUGCCGGCGUCGACCGCAACAAGGCAUCCGCCGGUGAACAUCCUGCGAUGAAUGCCAAGCUGGUGGCCGUGGGACGCGCCAUGGCCAGCGUUGUGGAGCGGGCUCGCCGCCUCAAGAUGUCCAGCCUGGAGGGAUACGAUGGUCCGACGGGUAAGUCGAGUACCCCGACCACCCCGAGGGUCUCCUCGCGAAUGACCAACAGCGGCGGCCGGUAUGGCAGGCGACCAGGAAUGUCGGCCCGAUCAUCCCAGCCGGGAGGCCGAAACACAGCCACCAGUAGUGGUGCAACCGUGCGCCGUCCUAAGAAGACAGAGACGACUCCAUACCAUAGGACUCCGCGCGGCGGCCAGUCCCUGACUGCCAAUUUGCCGGUGCCGCCUCCACCGCCGCCCCCGUCGCCGCGCUGCCCGCAGGCCAGCGAGAUCUUCCUGGCCCUGGAGCAGGCCGACAAGCUGAUGGCCGAGUACCAGGAGACCGAGCAGCUGACCGACAACCUGCUCAAGCAGGCGGAGGCCAUUAAGCGGGACCUGGAGCUGCAAAACGAGCUCCAUCGCGACGUGGAACUAGUGCGCGACCUGGAGGUGGAGACCAGCGGCAAGUCCCUGCUCUACCUCAUUGAAGCUGUCCGGGCAGAGUGCUACAGCGAGGAUGAUCAGGCCAUCCGAGAGCGGUGCCUCCAAGCCCUGGCUCGCAGUGAGCGUCGCCAUGCAACCGUGGUGGAUGAGGUUGUAGACGACGAGGGCGACGACACGGACACCAACACCAACAGCGACACAGAAACCGAAGUGGAGCCAGAAUCACUGGCGGAGAAAGAUGAGUCUGGAUCAGAGCAGGAAAAGGCCACCGAUCUCGGCAACGGCAAGGCCACCCAGACCGAUAUGGAGUCCAUGAGCUCCUCCGAUUACAACUCUUCCCCAAAGAGCAGCAGCAGCAGCAGCCUUCAAUCAGGGCGCAGUACCCUAUUCUACCACAUGAUGCACUACGUCGAGGACAAGAUCCUCGCCAACAUCCAUGGCGAGCCGGCCUGCUUGGGCCUCAAAAUGGACAUGGAACCGGGCGAAGAGUCCCCCGAAGAAGCUAUUGCCGGCGAAGGAGCCGACCUGGGCGCAGGCGAUGCCACAGGUGCCCAUAUCCUUGCCAAGGAGGCAGGAACCAAAUCGGAAAUCAUUUAAAUAUUGUUUGUAAAGUUUUGUUUCACCAUAAGUCGUUGAUUUUAUAAUCAGUAAUGAGAGAGUUUAGUCCCCCGUUUAA